AUGGUAGGGGAGCUUAGAAAGCUUCAGAGCCUGCUGCUAUGGCAAAACAAUAUAGUUGGCACAAUCCCUUUUGGGCUCGGAAGCUGCACUCAGCUAACAGUUAUUGAUAUCUCUGAAAAUCUUUUGACAGGCAGCAUUCCUACAAGGUUUAGAGCCUUAUCAGGACUUCAAGAACUUCAGCUGAGUGUCAAUCAGUUAUCAGGUAUCAUACCAACUGAGAUCAUAAAUUGCACAGCUCUUACUCAUGUGGAAAUUGAUAACAAUAAUAUUUCUGGGGAAAUUCCUUCUCUAAUAGGCAAACUAAAGAGCAUGACUCUUUUCUUUGCCUGGCAGAAUAAGCUAACAGGCAAUAUUCCAGAGUCAUUGUCCGAGUGUGAGAAUCUCGAAGCUCUUGAUCUUUCUUAUAACCAUCUUUUUGGUCCUAUACCAAGACAAAUAUUUGAUCUAAAAAAUAUUUCCAAACUGUUGCUCAUUUCCAAUGAUUUAUUGGGUUUUGUACCACCUGAGAUUGGAAAUUGCUCAAACUUGUACAGGUUUCGGGUAAGUGACAACAGAUUGGCAGGUACUAUUCCACCUGAAAUUGGAAAUUUGAAAAGUCUCAAUUUUCUUGACAUGUGUAACAAUAGAAUUGUUGGUGGAAUUCCUGCAUCAAUAUCUGGCUGUAAAAAUGUUGAGUUUCUUGAUCUUCAUUCCAAUGCACUUACUGGUUCUCUACCUGAUAGGCUUCCGAAAAGCUUACAACUUCUAGACAUCUCAGACAACAUGCUUACAGGUCCAUUAGCUCCAAGUCUUGGUUCUUUGACUGAACUAACAAAGCUUAAUCUUCGGAAGAAUCAACUUUCUGGCAGGAUUCCUGCACAGAUCCUAUACUGCAGUAAGCUUCAGUUGUUAGAUCUUGGAAGCAACGGCUUUUCAGGGGAAAUACCCAAAGAAUUGGGUCAGAUUCAGUCACUUGAGAUCUCUCUCAAUCUAAAAAGUUGUGAGAUGUUUAAAAAAAGUCUGAGAACAUAUACUUAA